GACGCGCUGGAGGGAGCGGAAAAGCAUUAUUUCUUAUGCCUGGCGCGGCAGUGAGUCAUCGUAAAAGUGCAGGAUUGCUUUAGAGCAGGACGAUCUGGGACGACAAUCAUGGAAGUCCUGGACCCAAGCGUCUCCAGAGACGAUCAGCCGUUAUGCAUCAACGAUUCUCUGGAGCGAGUUAACACAUUGCAGAUUCCAGCAGACACUAAAUCAUGCAUAAAAGCUCGUCACACUCUCGGCUUUCUGGGCUUUUUAGGCUUUGCCCUUGUAUAUGCUAUGAGGGUGAAUUUAUCGGUAGCCAUCGUCUCUAUGGUUAAUCAAACUGCAAUACCGCAUACUGAAGAUAAUGAUACUAGUGACGUUUGUCCUAAGACUAAACCGAUAAACGGGACUUUCAUACCGAGCGCGGGAGAAUUUGCUUGGAAUGAAAAGACUCAAGGUAUUAUAUUAGGUGCAUUCUUUCUUGGCUAUGUAACUACAAAUGUCCCAGGUGGUAGGAUGGCCGAGAAAAUGGGUGGCAAAUUAAUUUAUGGUCUCGGAGUGUUUCUGACUGCUGUUCUGACUGUGAUAAGUCCCUUCGCUGCAUAUUGGGGUUUGGUUCCAUUUUUGGUUGUACGAGUCGCAGAAGGAUUUACCGAGGGGGUAACUUUUCCUGCGAUGCACAGUAUGCUGGCACACUGGGUACCUCCAUUAGAAAGAAGUAAAUUUGCUGCUAUAGUAUACGCAGGUUCAAAUUUCGGGACUGUCAUCUCAUUACCAGUGAGUGGUUGGCUAUGUUCCUUAGAAUUAUGGGGCGGUUGGCCCCUUGCAUUUUAUCUUUUCGGUGGUCUUGGUCUUGUGUGGUAUGUGUUCUGGUUGAUAUUCGUAUACGACACUCCUUCGCAACACACGAACAUUGAUCCUUCUGAAAAGGCAUAUAUUGAAGCUAGCGUCGAGAAAAAACACGAGAACGACCCGGGAGUACCUUGGCUGUCCGUUUUCACCUCUCUACCUAUAUGGGCUAUUGCUAUUACUCAAUGCGGCCAGUCCUGGGCCUUUUACACUCUUCUGACUGAACUGCCAACGUAUAUGGAUAAAAUUUUGCAUCUGAACGUACAGCAGAAUGCAUUUCUCUCGGCGUUACCUUAUUUGAGCGCUUGGCUAGUGGGUCUUGGUAUCUCGAGUUUCGCGGAUGCACUCUUGGCUCGUCGUCUGAUCUCACCUUUGGCCUCGUUCAAACUAUGGAACACAGUAUCCUCGUUGGGACCCAGUCUCAGUUUCAUCGGUGCUAUCUGGGCCGGAUGCGAUCGUAUGACGGUGAUGUUGAUGCUUGCUGGAUUGGGCUCUCUUCAGGGUGCGGUAUAUGCUGGAAAUCAGAUGAAUCACAUCGCAUUAGCACCACGUUAUGCGGGCACCUUGUACGGAUUAACGAAUGCCGCGGCAAACGCGUGUGGUUUCUUGGCACCAUAUGUUAUCGGCAGUAUAGUAGAAGGACACGAAACUCUCGCACGUUGGCAUACAGUUUUCUGGAUGGCAGCGGGAAUAAAUAUGGCUACUAAUUGCUUCUAUUUGAUGUUUGCAUCCGCUACUGAACAGCCAUGGAGUAAAGGCGGCAGUUGAUGACAAUGUCGCAUUAGAAGUGCGAUAUUAAGCGUGGAAAAUAAUAUACUUUUUAAUAAUGUUGCACAUAGCACAUUUUAAUUUGAUUAGUCAAUUUUAUAUAAUUUGAUAUAGAUUUAUUACUAAUCGUUAUUUCGUAAAACAAUUUCUUUUUAUUGUUUUUCUAAAGCUAUAGUUAUAUCGUAUUUAUCGUUGAACGAUACACGUGCAAUGACAAAUGAAUCAAAUUUCGAUAUUAUCAACUUUAUUGCUGACACGCGAUACACAAAGGAGAUAGACGUCAUCGACUGGCUUUCACGUCAGAUAAUUGGGAUUGAUUACCAUAUUUUUCACCUCCCUAUUUUACUCCAUUUUGAUCCAGCUAUAUCUUGUCUGGAUACAUAAAAAGUUCUGUAAUUCCAUGAAGAAAU